GGUUUUCUUGUUAACUUGGCAUGCAAAAUUCUCCACCUUUUAAAACACAUCAACACCUACUUUAAUCUCUUGAAACUUCAACUUGCAUGUGUUUUUCUUAGCUGUAAAGAGGCCCAGUGUUUUUCAUGUUGCCAACACGACCACAUUUGACUCACCUAAGACCUCUCUUGCCCUCCAUUCUCCCCCUUGUGUUUUUGUUCUGCCCUUUUCCUUUUCUUUCCCUUUUUAACACCGUGAAGGUGAAGUAAUUAAGCAUGUUUUUGUUUUUGUGGUUAUUUGCCUUAAAUUCCUUUCCUUUUUUACCCUAUUGAGAUUUUUGCUUGUUUGAAAAGGAAGAACAGAGAAAAAAAAGGAGGCGUGUUGUUUCUCUUUUAUCUUGGUUAUGGCCCCUGCAGGGAAAGUUACUGGUUUUCACAAAGAGGGUAGUGACUGGUUCUGCAAUGCAGGGUUGCCAAGUGAUAUCACUGUUGUUGUGGAUGAUAUAAAGUUCCAUCUUCAUAAGUUUCCACUGGUGUCAAAGUGUGGGAAGAUAGCACGAAUAUGUGAAGAAUCCUCUGAAAAGGCAUUCAUCGCAGCAUUUGAGGAAUUCCCUGGUGGCCCAGACACUUUCUUGAUUGCAGUAAAGUUUUGCUAUGGAUUAAGGGUGGAACUGACACCAAGAAACAUAGUAAUCGUGUAUUGUGCAGCAGACUAUCUUCAGAUGACAGAUGAGUACGGAGAAGAUAACUUGCUUUCCAAGUCUGAAAAUUUCUUCCACAAGAACGUACUUCACAACUGGAAAGACUGUAUAUUGGCUCUUCAAAGUUCCAAUCCUGUUAUUGCAAGGGCUGAAAAGCUCCAGAUUAUAAGCAAAUGUUUGAGUGCUCUAUCCAUGAUGGUAUGCACAGAUCCUAGUUUGUUUGGAUGGCCCAUGAUGAUGUAUGGUAGCUUACAGAGCCCUGGUGGAAGCAUCCUGUGGAAUGGUAUAAACACUGGGGCUAGAAUCCAAAGCGUAGAAUCUGACUGGUGGUUUGAGGACAUAUCAUACCUUAGUGUAGGUUUGUUUGAAAGAUUGAUAAAUACAAUGGAAACCAGAGGCAUAAGGCCUGAAAUUCUUGUGGGUGCAAUUAUGUAUUAUGCCAGGAAGUACCUACCGGGCCUGGGCAGGUGGCAGAGUGGACAAAGUCGGAAAACAAGAACAUUUGCCAGUUUUAGCUUGACACCUGCUGUUGUUGAUCAAAAGGUUUUGAUAGAAACCAUUGAAAAACUCAUCCCAGAAAAAAAGGGGAAAUCCUUUUGCCGUUUUUUAUUGGGACUUCUUCGAGUUGCUCUGAUACUGGGUGUCAAUCAAAUGUGCAAGGACUCUUUAGAGAGGAGAGUAGGGAUGCAGCUGGAAGUGGCGACCCUAGAUAGUCUUCUUAUUCCUGCCUAUUCAGAUUCUGAUACUUUGUACAAUGUUGACUGUGUGGAAAGGAUCAUCCAUCAUUUCAUGGCUUCAGAAUCCAGGAUUACGUUAUUUUCUCCAUCAUCAUUGGACCCAGAAACAUCUCCAUCAUCUGAACCUUUAAGAAAGGUUGCAAAACUGAUAGAUAACUACAUUGCAGAGGUUGCUUCAGACAUACAUUUGAAACCUAGAAAGAUACGAUCUCUUGCAGAGGCCCUUCCAGAAUCUUCAAGACCAUUGCAUGACGGGCUAUACAGAGCACUGGAUAUAUAUUUCAAGGCACACCCUUGGCUAUCAGAGAAAGAGAAGGAAGAACUUUGCAACACCAUUGACUACCAGAAGCUCUCCAUUGAUGCCUGUGCCCAUGCUUCCCAGAAUGCAAGGUUACCUCUUAGAGUUGCUCUUCAAGUGUUGUUCUUUGAGCAGAUGCAAUUGAGAACUGCUCUUGCUGGCUGUCUACAUGUCAUGGACACUGAAAGUGCCCCUGCAGGUCCCAUUCCUAGUGAUAUGUUGGGCCAGAUUGUACAGAGGGAUGGGUGGAGAACAGUUGUGCAAGUGAACCAGGUUUUAAAGGUAGAUAUGGACAAUAUGAGGUCUAGAGUUGGGGAACUUGAAGAAGAAUUUAGUAAAAUAAAACAAGAGAUGAAGAGAGUGACUAAGUCACAUAGCUCUCUUAGUUCCCCUCGCUUGGUUGCCAGGAAGAUUGGGUGCAAGCUUGUUCCACGAUCUUCAGAUGCACAACCUGAUACUGUUGAUAUUACUGGACCAACACCUAGAGCAUCAGUUGAACAAGCACACCGUCCCCACCAUUCGAGACACUGGAAGAGUUUCUCUAUGUUUUGAUAGUAAUUUGAUGCAUAGAAGGCAGUGCAAAGAGGAUCACAGUUUGUAUCACAUAAUUGGUUUCAAAUCGUAUGGAAAACAGAAUGCAAUUUCUUCUCAUCCCUAUUGAAGUAUUCAUCUUUUGAAAGUUGUUUUGACCAUUUCAAGGAGGAACCUUUAGGAAUUCUCAAGCCGCAGGGUUAUGGAAAGUCUUACAGUGCAUUAUGGAAAGUCUUACAGCGCCUUCAAAAAGCCAUAUGCUCCAAUCCAAAUCUGGACUUGUAGAGAAAUGUUACACCAGAUUUAGAAUGGAGCUGUCAUACAUCAUGUAUUUAUCAUAGAGAAAAGGUGUAGUUAUUUUUCGUUUGUGGUUUUUCUGCCACCCAUUUAUGGCAUAUACCUGUACAGCUCUGUGAAUUGUUUUGUGAGAUUGUCAAGCACUGGAAAUAUAUCAGAAAAUUCAUGUUGCACGUUCGAACUUC